AUGCCUACAACUGAAGGUGCAGUCUCGGAUUUGUUUGAUCGGCCUCUCUUCUUUUCACUCUAUGAUUGGUUCAUAGAGCAUGGCUCUGUGUAUAAACUUGCUUUUGGGCCAAAAGCAUUUGUUGUUGUAUCGGAUCCUAUCGUUGCAAGACAUGUUCUUCGAGAAAAUGCAUUUUGUUAUGACAAGGGAGUCCUAGCUGAUAUACUAGAACCAAUAAUGGGCAAAGGACUUAUACCUGCAGAUCUUGACACUUGGAAGCAGACGAGAAGAGGUAAGCAAGUAAAAAAUGUGUAUUUUUGGGUUUUGCACCUUAGUUUAUGACAAAACUCAACUACCUCUAUAUUAAUUCUCCAACUAAAAUGAUGAUCCACAAUUUGU